AUGACAUCUGAGACAUUCGCCUCUGCGUGUUCGUGCCUAAAUGAAGGCGGAGACAAGGGGAUCACCGACCAACCCAUAGCCUUGCUUCAAGAACCAGACCGAUUAGAGGGCGUCCUUACUUCUCCGAAGAAGGAUUUGUCGGAUCCACCGAUUCCACGCUCCACAGGUCCACCGCCACUCAGUGUCAACUCCUUCCUUACCUCCCCUGGUUCGAGUCCCAAAGGAAACAACUCUUUGGGCUUUUCGGACGAUAUGGCUGUGGCUACAAACCCUUCUGGUGGAGGGGAACACGGUGCGGUCACCACCGAAUCCACCAUAACUAAUAGCACUUUGACCACGGGAACAUCAGUGACGUCCUCCUCCACCGCCUCAGCUCCAAAAUCGCCCGUAUUCAAUGCAAUCUCGAAGGCGGUGCCACCUGCCUCUGCAAUCUCCCACGUACCAUAUCCUCCCGUUCCCUUAGCCUCUGACAGUCGAUCUUGUCGCUACGAUUGGUCCGCGUCCAUUUCUGAUGCCUCUCAUCUACAGCCUGCUGCGGCUUCGUCGGCUGAUGGAGCUUCUUCUUCAUUCCUUCCCUCGGCUUCUACAUGGAAAUCCACACCCCCACCGUCUCAAGGAGCCGUGGUGGUAGCAGCGGAGGCAUUCAGCAUGGUGCGAAACUGGUUUGCGAACCCUUCUCGAGCAAAUGAGCAAACUUCGGCCAGCGGAACUCCCAGUCCGCUUCUGCCCCCACCACCACCACCCCCGUCCCAAGCUGCGCCUCAUAUUUCUGGUUCUUUUUUACCUACCUCGUCAUCGUGGGGCCUCGGAUUUCCCGCAGCUGGAUACCAGCCCUAUUCUGGGCACCGGAGCAGCGGCUUUGUUCCCACCGCAUCGUCGGGCUUCCGAACCACAUCGGUGGGUGGCAGUUUUCUGCGUGGAGGCAAGAAACGUUCACACUCACAAUCAUCUGUCAAUGACUUGGACAUUCCUAGCCUUACCCGCAGUUCUCAAGGUUCUCUCAACAUGCUUCAGGCUAUGCAAACCUCCAGAAGCGGCAUUUCGAGCAUGGGAGGCUCCUAUGGUCAUCUUUCCGCUGCCUCUCUGGGAGCCAGUCCUGUGCCAGUGGCUGGUCGGCGUGCGAGUAACAACAGUACGGACAACUCUGUGUUCGGUAGCUCGCCGCAGCAUGUCACCACAUCGGGAAGCUGUUUUCGGCCUACCACUCCCUCUUUCCUUUACCGGAGAGGCCUGACGCCCCGAGGAAUCAGUCGCGCUACGCCCAACAGUAGUGGUAGCAGUAGCGGUGGUGGGAUAGGAAGCGGCGUUGCCUCCUCCACAACCCUCGCCCCAACUACGGCCAACUCUGCCGCCACGUUUCUCUUCCCCUCCACUUCCGUUCCUUCCAGCGUCGGGGCAUUCUCACCUUCCGCAUUCCAUGGAUGCUCACCACAAGUUAACAAACCCGGUGAGGCAAAAGACGCACAAAAUAAUUCCGCUGUGGCAAUGGCGUUUGCAGCGGCCGCUGCCGCUGCAGUCGCUGCAAACUUUAGUGGUGGGACUGGAGGACCCGGCGGAGGAGGGGGUAAUGGAACCGUCCCUUCAUUGAGUCACCACGCGUGGCCCUCCAAGCCCUGCGGUUCUAAUCCGGGAUCUACAGCGGCCACCAGCUCCUCCUCUAAUGGCUCUUCACCCGCUUCUGCUCCGGGCAUUGCACCACCUCUAUUCCCACGCAAGCCUCAGGCAUCAACUAACCCGGCAAACUUUAUGCUUUCACCUCAGGCCAUGAUGCUUUACCACAACGCCCUACAGAAGUCUACUAACGCUGCGGCUGCCGCUGCUGUUGCUCCGUUUUACUCUGGGCGCAGUCAGCCUCAUGAUCCAUUCCAGUCUCCCAACUACGAUUGGUGGCUGAGUCGGAGUAGCUACUCACGCAAGGAUGUCCCUAUUCCACCACCUCCACCUCCGCCUCCGCCUUCCACUAACACUAAUGGUGAUGCCUGUUCCACCACUGGCGGCUCCAUGAAGGGCGAAGAUCUAUCUACUUCGACAGUUGUGGCAAAGGCUAUGAAGGUGGAAAGCAGUGGGAGCGGAGGAGGUGGCGCUUCGGUAGCGGCACUGUUGGCUGGCGACGAGGCUGGAUGUAGUGACUAUGAAGAAGAGUUGAUGGAUGAAGACGGCAGGAUUCCACAGGAAGGCGAUCCUGACUUCGUUGAGACGACUUGUCGGUGGGGCAACUGUCAGUGCCAGUUUGAAUCACAGGACGAACUUGUAAAGCACAUCAGUAACGAGCACAUCGCGGGCAACAAGAAGAGUUUCGUUUGUUUCUGGCGCGAGUGUGUGCGCGGCGCCCGACCCUUCAAGGCGCAGUACAUGCUGGUGGUGCACAUGCGUCGCCACACUGGAGAGAAGCCCCACAAGUGCAUUUUCGACGGCUGCUCGAAGCGCUACUCACGGCUGGAAAAUUUGAAGACUCACCUGCGCUCGCACACGGGAGAGAAGCCAUACCAAUGCGAAGUGCCAGGUUGUAACAAAGCCUUUAGUAACGCCUCCGACAGGGCCAAGCAUCAGAACCGCACACACAGCAACGAGAAGCCCUAUGUCUGUAAGGUCAUGGGCUGCUCCAAGCGUUAUACUGAUCCCAGCUCUCUCCGCAAACAUGUCAAGACUGUACAUGGUGCAGAGGUUUACGCCAAUAAGAAACACAAAGGUGAGAGUUGGAGCAGUCGUUCCUGUGGUAGCGGUACCGGCCUUGGAGCGGCUUUUCGAAAUUCCGGUGGGAGCGGUGGAAAUGGUGGAGGUGGCGGUGGUACCCGCGGAGGACGGGAUGGUUCGAAGGGUCCAGCAGAUGGCUUCUCUUUCUUUCACGACAGGCGGGGUAACAAUUCGAGGGGUGGCGGACGCAGUGGAAAUUCAAAGAGCAUUGGAGGCAGUGGUGGUGGUGGCAGUGCUGCUUUUGCUGAAGGAGCUCCUACGCUGCCGUCGCAGACUUUAAACCGUGUAGUCUAUCCCCACACUCCACCCUAUCAGCAGAAUGCACUAGGUGUGUCUAAUCAUAGUCAACACCAUGCUUAUCCCGGUCCCCAAUUGUCCCACACUGUAUCAUCACGUAAUGGCUCUGUGAAACGUGAAGGUCUCACCACCUGGGCUCCCCACCAAUAUCAUGGAUGGUCUGGUGAGUGGAGCCAGGCCCAUGUUCGUAUAAGCGGAGGAGGUGGUGGUGGUGAUGGUGUGUAUACCACCAGAGAUUGGAUUAGUCCACGAAUUAGUGGCAACUACCAGGAACCACGUUACAGUGAAGGCUACGACCAGCUCAUGAGCCAACCCGCCAACAUAGAACACUCCGCUGCCAGGUUCGUCGGGGGCGGUGUUCUGGGCAUUAGCCGAACACGUUAUCAUCACCCGCAGCCAUUAGCAACCCAGGCACAGUUUCGCUCCUCCUCUUCUACUUCUGACUCCAAUGCGGCAGUUGCGGCGGUAGCAGCCAUGGCUCAGGCCACCUCAUGUCCUUCUCUGGUAACCGAGGUGGAGAACAAUGCCUACGUUCAGACACCGCUUUACACUCCCUUCAAGGCAGAGGGCACCGGAGCUGUCUUCUCUCGAACCUUGCGCGGGCAGAACCCCCACAAAGCUGACACGAGCAUACCUUACCAAGCCGCUGUCAUCGCGCCACCUCACCCGCCUGCUGCUGUUCCCAGUGGAGGUGGGCAGAAGUUGGAAAUGGAUGAGAGCUCAGUUGGGAAAGACGCUGCCUCUUCUCUUCUUUCUAGUGAAUCAACAGAUCGGUGGCAAAACGUAGGCGGAGGCAGCGCAUCCUCGGGUGUUGGAUCUGGCCUAACGAAUAUGACUCAAGACAGCGGGUAUCCAGAGAGCGAACUUAGAGGCGGCAUCACCACACCAACUACUCCUACUCCCAUCAAGGACACCUCAGCUUCCUCCUCUGUCGAGCCACCUUACCAACGCUCGGCGGAAGAAGAGAAGAUGCUAGGCUGGGGUGAGACCUCCGUCACCGCUACUCCAUCCACUAAACCUUCCUCUGGUACAGGUCAUUUGCCUCUUGACCAAACCGCUCAAAUGAGCACCACCAGUUCACAAGUCAGCAGUGGUCUUGGCUCUAUGGUUAGCUCAGGUACCGGAUCCAGUAGUUGCGGUGGUGGCACUGGUAGUGGUGGUGGAGAUGGAAAUUCACGCCGCAGCUGUGUUUCUGCGCAACCCAUCGCUUCAACCAUGAACACAUCCUCCAGCAAGUUGGCCUUUUGGGAGGGUCAAAAUGAUUCCGAUUCUAGCUGUCUCUUUCAGUUAUCCACCUCCUCAACAACACAUACUACGGUUAGUGAAAGAGUCGACUUCACUCAACCACGCAGCAGCGUUGUACCUUCCUUUGAUCCGGCUGCUGAUAGUGGUACCACUCCAUAUUCUGUCAACAGCUGGAAUGGCAAUCAAUCUGAGUCGGCAUAUGCUACUCAUCCUCCAUCGAGGGACUAUGCAUCAUCAAAUUGGUCAGUUGGACAGCCUUCUGGCUACUUCACCUCUGCCAGCGGUUACUCUACAUCCACUGUCUCUGACCAGAGUACAUCUCAACGCACGUGUCCACUGUCAGCUAAUAGCACCAACAAUGGCAGCAGUAUUGCUAACAAUGAGUGGUCUCGUGCGUCUUACUCUGGUCAGACAUGCGGCUACCCUGAGUACAGCUAUGGGGGACAAAUGCAGUCCAUGAACUACCCACUUUAUCCCUUAGAAAGUCAACCACCUGCCAUUUACCGCGGCGGCUAUAGUGGUUGGAGUGAUGUGAACAUGACAGGUAGUGGCAGCAACGUUGUAACACCCACGUCUUUUAAUGCCUCUUACGCGGGACUCUUCUCUGAGGCGGUAAACUCUCGUUUAAUGGUUCAACAGCACCAGCAGCACCAAACUGCCCCCAAUCUGGAGGAGCUUCAACCAACUCUCUCCUCCUCUUCAAUGUCAGGAGGCUUCGGUUUUAGCAGCGGUGGGGGAGUAACCACUGCCUAUGAUCCAUUGAAUAGUAACCUCGUGGUCUGUAGCAUGCCACCACUCCUUCAAGCAGAAAAUGCCGCCUCCGGUCUCCACCCAACGGCAUUCAAUUAG